UAUUUCCAUUUUUUGGGUAAUCUUGGAACAUCUGUGCUUGCAACCAACGUUUAUCUGAUGAAUUAAGGCAUGCAUUCUUCGUGAACUGGCAUUCUGUGGAGCUUUAAGACAUAUUUUUACCUUCCAUUUUUCAGUUUGAACAUUUCAUUUCUUUUUUUUUUAUUCUUUUGUUUGAGAUGUUUUAACAUUUGAACAAUGUCAGCAGUGAAAGUUGAACUGGAUAGUCUUUCCUUAAAAGAGAUUGAGUUUGAGAAAGACAUAAAAUACAAUGUUAUUGUGUCAAACAUCGUUGAAGGAAAUGUUGAUCAGUGUGACCCUCAUGAUGUGUCUUCAAAGGAUAAUGUCUCUGGCAUGUUUAAAAGUAAAAGUGGGACAGAAAAAGAAAAUCAACUCAAACCAUCACAGAGGAGCAUGCCAUGCUUAGCUCAGAGCCAAACACAUCCUCAACAUCUAAAUAAACAAUCCUCAAUACACCAGCAAAACCAAGUCCAGCCCCAGCCAGUCAGUGAAGGCUCAUCAGCAAUCGAUGUGGAGCAGCAGAAAGAUUUAGCAAAAGAUACCUACACAGAUGAGUCUGAGCAUGGAGCUUACGACGGCCGUACAGAUCAAUCUCUGCUCAUUCAGCAUAAACUGAGCAGGCAAAAGCAAAGCUCUCGGAAAUCUCAAAAGUGUAAAGAAGAAACCAUGACUAAAGAAAAACGCAUCUUCGAAAGAUUCCCGACAGAUACUGGACAGAGUGAAGUAAAUACUGUCGCGUCUCUGGGCCUAUUUUUUAAAGAUGGUAUAAAACGUAUCGAUUACAUCUUAGUGUAUAAAAAAUCAAGUGUACAAGUUGAAAAACGCAGCACCUUCGAAAAAAACCUUCGAGCUGAAGGCUUGAUGUUAGAAAGAGAACCAGCAGUGACCAACAAUGACAUCAUGUUCAUCAAAAUACAUUGCCCGUGGGAUACUUUAUGCAAGUACGCAGAGAGGAUGAAUAUCAGAAUGCCAUUUAGGAAAAAAUGUUAUUACACUGAUUGGAGGAGCAAAACCACAGGCAGUUUACAGAGAAACAUGAGGCAGCUGAAAAGCUGGCUUCCGAAAAACCCAAUGAAGCUUGACAAAGAAGCCCUUCCAGACUUGGAAGAGACAGAUUGUUAUACUGCUCCAUUCAGUCGUGCCCGGAUGCACCAUUUCACAAUAAACAACAAAGACACCUUCUUCAGCAACUCUACAAGAAGUCGUAUAGUGCACCAUGUUUUACAAAGAACGAAAUAUGAGGAUGGGAAGUCAAAAAUGGGUAUAAAUAGAUUGCUCAGUAAUGGCACAUAUGAGGCUGCGUUUCCCCCACACGAGGGGAGCUACAAGAGUAGGCAUCCUAUUAAAACACACGGGGCCCAGAAUCACAGGCACUUGCUGUAUGAACGUUGGGCACGCUGGGGGAUGUGGUAUAAAUAUCAGCCUCUGGAUUUAAUCAGGCGGUAUUUUGGAGAGAAGAUCGGCCUGUACUUUGCAUGGCUGGGGUGGUACACCGGCAUGCUGAUACCUGCAGCUCUUGUUGGGUUAUUUGUUUUUCUCUAUGGCUUAUUUACUAUGGAUUCCAGCCAAGUAAGCAUAGAGAUCUGUGAGGCAAACGAAACCAUCAUGUGCCCAAUGUGUGAGAAGAACUGCACGUUGCAGAGAUUAAAUGAGAGCUGCAUCUAUGCAAAGGUUACUCAUUUGUUUGACAAUGGGGGCACGGUGUUCUUUGCAAUAUUUAUGGCAAUAUGGGCCACUGUCUUCCUUGAGUUCUGGAAGCGAAGACGAGCUGUGCUCACAUACGAUUGGGAUCUCAUUGACUGGGAAGAUGAAGAGGAAGAGUUACGUCCACAGUUUGAAGCAAAAUAUUCUAAACUGGAACGGGUAAACCCUAUUACUGGCAAACCGGAACCUUUUCAGCCAUUCAGUGACAAGUUGAGUCGUCUGAUGGUGUCUGUAUCAGGAAUAUUCUUCAUGAUAUCCCUUGUGCUGACUGCAGUCUUUGCAGUGGUCGUUUAUCGCUUGGUUGCCAUGGAACAAUUUGCAUCUUUUAAGUGGAAUUUUAUCAAGAAAUAUUGGCAAUUUGCAACAUCUGGCACAGGGGUUUGCAUCAACUUCAUGAUUAUCAUGUCCCUCAAUGUUGUAUAUGAAAAGGUUGCCUAUCUUCUAACUAACUUAGAGCAUCCAAGAACCGACUCGGAAUGGGAGAACAGUUUUGCUUUGAAAAUGUUCCUCUUUCAGUUUGUCAACUUGAACAGUUCAAUAUUUUACAUUGCUUUCUUUCUUGGCAGGUUUGCUGGGCGACCAGGAAAAUACAAUAGACUAUUCGAAAGAUGGAGAUUGGAAGAGUGUCAUCCAAGUGGCUGUCUCAUAGACCUCUGCCUUCAAAUGGGAGUUAUCAUGGUCCUAAAGCAGAUGUGGAAUAACUUUAUGGAACUUGGAUAUCCCUUACUGCAGAACUGGUGGUCUCGGAGAAAGAUCAAGAAAGGUGGACAGACUGUAGAAAGUAAAAUGACCUUACCCCAGUGGGAAAAGGAUUGGAACCUGCAGCCAAUGAAUGCACAUGGACUCAUGGAAGAAUAUUUAGAAAUGGUUAUUCAGUUUGGUUUCACUACGAUCUUUGUUGCUGCAUUCCCCUUGGCACCUCUUCUUGCAUUGCUAAACAAUAUCAUCGAGAUACGGCUAGACGCAUAUAAAUUUGUUACUCAGUGGAGAAGACCCAUGCCAGCCCGAGCUACUGAUAUAGGUAUCUGGUAUGGCAUUUUGGAAGGAAUUGGGGUUCUUGCUGUUAUAACUAACGCCUUUGUGAUUGCGAUUACAUCUGAUUAUAUCCCUCGCUUUGUUUAUGCGUUCAAAUAUGGGCCGUGCAUAGAUGAAGGCUACAGAAAUGAAAAGUGUCUGAGAGGUUAUGUAAACAGCAGUUUAUCUAUAUUUGAUCUAAGUGAGCUGGGACCUGAAUAUUCUGGGUAUUGCAGAUACAGAGACUACAGAGCACCACCAUGGAGUGCUAAUCCAUAUGAAUUUACCUUGCAGUUCUGGCAUGUUCUUGCUGCACGUUUAGCUUUCAUUAUAGUUUUUGAGCACCUUGUAUUUGGAAUCAAGUCAUUUAUUGCUUACUUGAUCCCCGAUAUGCCAAAAGAUUUAUGUGACCGAAUGAGACGAGAAAAGUACCUGGUCCAGGAAAUGAUGUAUGAAGCCGAACUGGAACACUUACAACGAGAAAGAAAAAAGAAUGGGAAGCACCUUAACCACGAAUGGCCUUAGUUGCACAAAAUUUCCCCCCUGCACAAAGAAUCUGUUACAUAGGGAGCAUAUAUAGACACAAGAGAUGGACAUACUUUAUAUGAUACACAGAAGGUGUGCAAUUAAAUGUGUGAUUGUAUGUGCCUGAAUUAAUUGUGGUGACUGUAUGUGUACUGAGAGAUCAGAGAUGCAUGUAGAGAUCAUGACUGGACUCUUUUAGCAGUACUGUACUUACAAUGGGAACGUUCAGCCAUGUGUGUGUCUAUGUCAGCAUGUAUGUGAGUGCCUUUGUUGAUGCCUGUAUGUAUGUUUAUGAUGCUGCAUGUCUGUAUGUGUAUAUACAGGUGUCUGUGUGUGUUAAUAAUUUGUAUGGUGUGUGUUAUAUAUGCCGGCAAAUAAGCGUGUGUAUGUUUUAUAAGCGAAUGUGCAUAUCUGUGUAUUGGAUGAGUUUGUGUGUGUGUGUGUGUGUGUGCGUGUGUGUGUGUGUGUGAUUGCCUUGUAAGGUUGGGUGUAGCAUUACAAAUGAAACAAAAAUAGAUAAACUGGAACAAAUAUGCAGAAUACUGAAGACACUUGUAUUGCUAUGACCCAUCUAACAAAUUACAAAUCCAGAACUAACCCAGGAAAGAACAACACAUUGAUCCGAUUACCAAUGUCAAGUCGCUGCGUGAAAUUUGAGAAGAACCGACACUUUCUCCCAAUGACAGUUUUAUAUGUGAUACUUCCAUUUAUAAAGAAGGACUGGUGGAAAACGAUGUAACACCCAGGAAUAUGGAAACAGUAAUUCAUAUCAAUCAAGCAGCCAAUAGGAACUUGUUUCACUUCGGAGUCUGUGUGAAGUAUUUUUUGAUGUAUUGUUGCCUACAAUAUUUAACCAAACAACUUGUACAUAAAGUCAGACAAUUGUUUUUCAAAGCUUUUAACCAUGACAAAACGGGUUGACACAUUGAGUUCCCCUCACCCAUGGCACUUUAUAGGUUAAUGUCUCCUUAAAAAAAGAGUUUUCAAACAGAAACAACCUUUUUCAAGAGGAAAACCACUGUUGGAAUAUUAUUAACUAUGCAGAAUAAUUCAGUUAUUCAAUCACUUAAAUGGAACCUCUGGCUAAAACACAAGUUCA